AUUUGCCCGGCACCAGGGACAAAGCUGAUCCUUGAACUCUCGGUUCCACAUUGCCACAACCAGUGAGCAGUAACAGGGCUCAUUUGGGCUUAUCAGCCUUCCAGCCCAGCCCCUGCCUGGAAACAUAAAUAGGCCAGGGAGAGCUGGAUGCACAGAGACUGACUCAGAGACUUGCCUGACAGCUCCAGGGAGGUCGCCCACACCCUUCAGGAUGAAAGCUGUGGUGCUGGCUGUGGCUGUGCUCUUCCUGACUGGGAGCCAGGCUCGGCACUUCUGGCAAGGAGAUGAGCCCCAGACCUCAUGGGACCGCAUGAAGGAUUUUGCUGCCCUGUAUGUGGAUGCAAUCCAAGAGAGUGGCAAAGACUGUGCGGCCCAGCUGGAUGCCUCUGCCUUGGGAAAACAGCUAAACCUGAAUCUCCUGGCCAACUGGAACACCUUGACGUCCACUUUCAAUAAUCUGCGGGAGCAGCUUGGUUCGGUGACCAAGGAGUUCUGGGAUAACCUGGGAGAAGACACAGUAUGGCUGAGGCAGCAGAUGAACAAGGAUCUGGAGGAGGUAAAGCAGAAAGUGCAGUCCUACCUGGACAACUUCCAGAAGAAGGUGAACGAAGAGGUGGAGCGCUACCGUGAUAAAGUACAGCCACUGGGCAAGGAGCUGCACAAAGACGCCCAACAGAAGCUGAAGGAGCUGCAGGAGAAGCUGGCCCCGCUGGGCCAGGACAUCCGCCAACGCGCACGCGAAUACGUGGACGCCCUGCGCACGCACCUGGGGUCCUACACCCAGGGGAUGCGCCAGGGCCUGGCGAAGCGGUUGGAGGCGCUCAAGGAGAGCGCUCCCGUCUCCGAGUACCAGGUCAAGGCCAGCAAGCACCUGAAAACAUUUAGCGAGAAGGCGAAGCCCGCGCUGGAGGACCUUCGCCAGGGCCUGAUGCCCGUGAUGGAGAGCUUGAAGGCCAGCUUCCUGAGCUCCAUCGACCAGGCCUCCAAGCAGCUGAGCGCCCAGUGACGUGCCGGCUGCUGCCACCGCCUCCUCCCUUCCCCACCAUUCAGUUUCUUAGAAUAAAUGUUUCCGAAGUGGAAAA